AUGCCUAUCUUAUCACUAUCUUCAACACGGAACAGCGUGCUAACAAAGAUAUAUGACUACCUCAAAGCAGUAGUGCAACAAGUGAUUGUGCCUAAUGUAAAAGACGACAAAUCUUCCAAGAGUACUCCUUUCGAAGCUUUAGAACCUGCGAAACAAAGCCAUCCGCAGAAAGACUGCUGUGCUACCAAAAAAGACGAUCUGACUGAUGUGAGCGAAUUAUUUCCCAGACAGAACAACAAACAGUUGAGUCUGACGUCAAAAUCUUCAGUUGUGCCCUGCGCUUUAAAUUUGGAUAACCUGGAAACACCUUUCUCAAUUGAAAUUGACAAGAAUGGCACAGUAAGUACACAUUUGAACUUGGGCGAAACGAUUUCGCGGGAUCCCAGUAGCGGCGAGCCAGCAAAGCUACAGAACGACUUGCUAAGUUCCCCCUUACUUGACGAAUCCUAUAUCAAUAAUGACCAGUACAAAGCCCUUUUCCCCUCGAAUUUCCUUCCUAUUACGCCUAUAAGUAGCGUAAUAACUCCCGCAUCGAAGAAAAGUAUUGAUGAAUCCCCCUUAUCUGAUCACGUUCAAGGAACUGCCGAUGAAUCGUCCGAAACUUUACCAUACAUAUGUCACUAUUGCGAUGCCAGGUUCCGCAUCAGAGGUUACUUAACACGACACAUCAAAAAGCAUGCGAAAAGGAAGGCCUAUCACUGUCCGUUUUUCGAUAAUAGUAUUUCACAAGAGCUGCGAUGCCAUACUUCUGGCGGGUUCAGCAGAAGAGAUACGUACAAAACGCAUUUGAAAUCUAGACAUUUCACUUACCCAGAAGGUAUUAAGCCUCAGGACCGUAAUAAAUCAUCUGGGGUGUGCACACAAUGUGGGGAAUACUUUAGUACUAGUGAGAGCUGGGUGGAAAAUCACAUUGAGGCUGGGAGUUGCAAAGGGCUACCAGAAGGCUAUUCAGAGGGAAUACGAGAAAAGAAGAAGACUUCUAAAAUGAAAAUGAUAAAGACUUCGGACGGUCAGACAAGAUUCAUCUCGUCAGACGAAAGUGUUCUCGAACCGAGAGCGACUCUAAAUAACAUUUGCAUGGAAGCGGCAGUAAUACAGUCCAAAGAACGUCACAAUGACAAGAUCCUGCCGACGAAAACUGAUAAAAAUGAAACUGGAAUCGGCACCCAGUGGUUUGAACAAAAACAAAUCUUAAAAUCCACACAGACUACUCAAUUAAGAGGACCUACAAACAUCCAAAAAUCCAAGGAGCGGCCAAUUAUAUCUCCCCCAAAUCUGUCACCCCAGAAUGCAUCUUCUCUACCUCAGGAAUAUCAAUCAUCAAGAUACGUAUUACAUAUGGAUUCCCCAGCAUUAUCCUCGGCCUCAUCAGCAUUAUCCCCACUUUCAGGCGAUCCGAUCACAACUACAGAAACGAAUAAAUCAUAUCCGCUGGAUUCAGAGCAAUCAUUGUUGGAGCCAGACAAGACCGAGGAAGACUUAAUUAAUCAGCCAAAGGAAAGCAAUAUGAUUUCCAUUAAUGAGAUGUUACAGAAGCAAAUGGACUUUGAGCUUCUGGGUGAGAAUCACUUGAAGGAGACUCAAGACUAUUUGGCUCUUUACAAAAAAGCUAACGGGAUAGAAUUUUAA